GAUUAUUAAAACACUAAAGCUCAAUGGAUCUGAUUAUAAGACAACACCUCUGUGUUGCAGAAAGUCAGCAAGAUGCUGAUGCCCUGUACAGUGCGUACAAAUUAAUGAAAGGUACUAACAGGGACGGAUCAACAAAAGAUGCUCCAGAAAUGUUCAGCUCGGAUCUGUAUGUCCUAUGUGCAGAACAAGCCCUUAUACUUGGAAAUCAUGCUGUGAGCAAAGACUGCCUUCAAAUGUAUUUCAACAGCAAACCGCCUCCAAACCAGUUUUAUGGGAGAGCGUACCUGUGCAAAGCCCAGUUACACAACCCCUUGUCUGCUAAUAAUGUGGAUGAAUUGGAAAAGUCAGUGGUCUGCUAUCUGAAAGCAAUCGAUUUGGCAACAAAACAGAAAAGAUACCAGUUUCUGGUGUACAAUGCCUCUGUCCUGUACUGGCAAACAGUACGUCCAUUUCUAAAGCCAGGCAGUCGCCAUCUCCUUACUAAUAGCCUUGCUACUGUUGUAAAGGCUUUGGGAAACACAAAUGAUGAGGACAAGAACUGGAGAGCUGACUUAAUGAUGGAGCUGUUGGAGUGUUUGCUGGAUGGACAGAAGAUGAAGGAAGCUGUGGACUGUGCAUCACUGGCUGCUGUGUUCAUUAAAACCAAUGUCCCUCAGAAAUACCCUCUACUAUUUUCUAAGAUGGUGCAUCACAAAUUAAUUGACUCUGCUAAAGCGGUAAAGGAAACUAAAAGUUCAGCAAGUUUGUCAGUCAUCUAUAAAAUUCAGAAGCUGAGAUCGCAAUUAAACAGCUCUCUGACAACAAAGGACGUUUUUACAAAUUUAAGUGAAAUUUUUAAACUUGUGGCUGUUGCUGAGGAACCUGCUUUAUGCUUAUCCCCAUCUGAGAAAAUUCCUCUGCUGAUUGAACUUGCUCAUCUCUCACUGGAAUUAAAAUGCAAUCAACUUGCCACAGCUUGCAUCAAUGAUUUGAAGUCGACAGAUCUCGCUGAUCAAAGAACUCUUAUAACUAUAGAAUGUCUACAGAGUGAACUUGAAGUUCUUUCUCUUGGCCCUCAUAUUGAAAUGUACACCAAAAAUGUUGUUGAGGUACAGAUAAAAGUUAUCAAAAAACUGGAGACAACAUUACAGGAUGCUGUACAUCUCCGUGACCCAAUCUCUAUCCAGGGUGUGUGCACAACUCUGUGGAAUCUUUGUUUGCCUUUACUGCAACGUUCUUUGCACAAGCACUUGAAGAAGCCUCUGGUGUCUGUUGCAGAAGCAUUAGAAGACAUAGAUAGCUUGCUGACUGUAAUGCGCUGCCAAAUUCACAUGGAAAUAGCACAGAUAGAGGAUGAGGAGGAUAGGACUGAAGUUGCCAUAAGACACAUCCAGAAAGCAUUGGUUCUUGAUGGUACUGGGCAAUACCAAAACUUCCUGAAAAUGUAUCUGCAUCGUCUUCAUCUCCGAGCUACUCUGUACACUAAACCACAGCGUGCAGAAGAUCAGGCAGCCAUGAUCCUUGAGCAGGCAAAACAGAGCAGCUCUAAGGAUUCUGUAAGGAAGAAGCGUCCAUUACUUGUGAAUGUUGGCCUUUGUCUGGCCCCUGAUGUUUUUCAGAUGGUUCUGGACAGUGAAAAUGAAGCCAAAGUCUCCCUAGGUAAAGGUAAUAAAGGACGUUUAAGUCACUUAUGUAUGAGGGCACGACAUCAUACAAAGUGUGUCCUGAAGACUGAAGGCCAUUUAAUCCGAACAGACAAUAAAAAUGAUGCUGAGAGGGCCAAACUCUGGGCAGACUUGGCCAAAGUUGCUCGGAAACAAGAAGUCUGGGAUGUGUGUAGGACCGCGUGCAGGUUUUGCCUCCUUUAUGAUGAUGGCCGCUGGAGUGUGCCCACACAAGCUGUUUCACAAAAGGCAAAAUCUGUGUCCAAUGCAGUGGAAGAAGGCAGAAGUUCAGAACUGGAGUCUUCUAAGACCAAGUCCAAGACUGAGCUGUUCAGUGAUGAGAAAGCUUUAUUAAGAAUGCUUGCAGAAAUCCGAUUCAUCAAUGCAGAGGCCAUAAUACACCUAUUGAAGUCAGAGGGCUGUAAAAUCAAUGAGCCUCCCAUCCCACCAGAAGACACAAGUAUGCGCCCAGCAUCUUAUAUACCUGUGAAUCUGGAGGAAGACCCCGAAUGGAUUGUUUAUAGAGACUGGAUUUCUCAGCUUUCCAAAUAUGCAAUGGACAAUUUUUUGAAUGCUGCUGAGUUAGGUGUGGAACUACAGGAGGGGUGGAUAACUCACAAUGCAGCUGUGUACAUCCUUAACCACAACAAACAUAUUAUCAGUUCUGGAAGGUUAUCCAUGCUUGUGGAACCAUUAAGGAAACUUCUUACAGGCAUCAAGAAAACUGGACACAAUGGGAACCCUGUGCUAUUGGUAAUAGUCUCCAAUACUUUAGCCAGAGGCUUAAUUCAGCCUUGGAUACCUGUGUUAGAAAAAAGACCAGAGACAAGUCAGCAUAUAGAGAAGAGGAAGAAAGUUUCAGGGAAGGGACCUGAAAAAUCGAACACAGCAAAUGUUUUGUCAAUUGAUCCAAAUGGUCUUCCUGAUGUCAAAAUCGCCCUGGAG